AUGCUGUUGUACCCAGCCCUCACAUUCAUCGUAUCUCUUAUUGCUGUGCCCUGUUGCCAUGGUGGCAAGAUCCUGGUGUUCCCGGUGGACGGCAGCCAUUGGGUGAACAUGAACAUCCUCAUUAAGGAACUGCAUGGGCGGGGUCAUGACAUCACAGUGGUGCGCUCCCAGACCAACAGGUAUAUCAAAGAGAAGUCACCCCAUUACACUUCCAUCACUGUCACUCUACCUGCAGGCUUGAACGUCCAGAGUGAAGACUUCAUAGCCUCAUUCUUGAAGAAAAUGCUGGCAUUCCGAAGAGAGGCUUCCCUGCUUUCUUUAAUCUCCAUUCAAAUGGAGAACGUUGACUCACUUUCUGAACUAAACAGAGGGAUGGGCCAGAUGAUAGUCACCAUGUUUGAAGAUCAGCGCUUCAUGAAGAAGCUCCAGGAUGUCCACUUUGAUUUGGUCCUCACAGAUCCAGGGUUGCCAGGAGGAGUUUUUCUGGCCCACUACCUUAAACUGCCUAUGGUAUUCAAUGUGCGUUGGCUUACAAGCGGGGAGGCUCAUUUUGCUAUUGCUCCCUCUCCUAUCUCCUACGUCCCUGCUCCAGGAACAGAGCUCUCUGACCACAUGGACCUUAUUCGAAGAGCCCAGAACAUGCUCCAAUACAGCAUAAACCUCUAUGUAGAAAAAUAUGUGAUCAGUCCCCAUUACGAUGACCUGUGUGCUCGUUACUUUGGCCCAGGUGUGGACCUCUACAGUCUCCUCCAGUCUGCAGACCUCUGGCUUAUGAGGUCCAACUUUGUCUUUGAAUUCCCACGCCCCACUAUGCCUAACAUUGUCUACAUAGGCGGUUUUCAAUGCAAACCUGCCAAGCCCCUACCUCAAGACCUAGAAGAGUUUAUGGAAAGCUCUGGAGAGCAUGGUGUGGUUGUUAUGUCCUUGGGAACUCUGGUAAAUGGUCUUCCAAGUGGGCUAACAGAUAAGAUAGCCUACGCUUUCUCGCAGCUCCCUCAGAAAAUCAUCUGGAGGCAUUUGGAAGAAAGGCCUUCUAGCUUGGGCAACAACACCCUCUUGGUCAAAUGGAUACCCCAGAAUGAUCUCCUGGGACACCCCAAGACAAGAGCCUUUGUGACACAUGGGGGCACCAAUGGGGUGUAUGAAGCCAUUUACCAUGGCGUGCCAAUAGUAGGCCUUCCACUGCUCUUUGACCAGUUUGACAACCUCCUCAGGGUGCAGGUGCGAGGGGCAGCCAAGGUUCUGGAAGUCACCACCCUGGGCAGCAAGGACUUCCUCCAGGCCCUGAAGGAGGUGCUCGAGGAGCCUUCCUAUCAGAAGAACAUGAAGAGGCUUUCCAGCCUCCAGCGAGAUCAGCCUAUCAAACCAAUGGACAGUGCCCUCUUCUGGAUCGAGUAUGUCAUGAGGAACAAAGGCGCCGCUCACCUGCGCACAGAGUCUUACAGAAUGCCCUGGUACGCCUACUACUGUGUGGAUGUUCUAGUGGUCUUGCUGGCUGCUGUGUUAGUCUUCAUAGCAGCUAUCAUAGGCAUUGUCAGAUUUCUGUGCUGCAGAGUUUGUAAGAAAAGAAAAAUAAAGCAUGAGUAA